AUGGCUAGAGGAAAACCAGCAGUGCUUAAGAUAGAAAACCUUGAAGUGAGAAAUGAUCUGACUGGUGUCCUGUAUGGUGAAGACAUUGAAAUUUCAGAUACUGAGAGUUUCUCCAAUGAUCCCUGCACAAGUGUAAAGAAGCUUAAGGGUAACGAUGUUCGGAUAAUCCUUGGCCAGUUUGAUGAGGAAAUGGCUGUGAAAGUUUUCUGCUGUGCUUAUGAUGAAGAAAUGUAUGGCAGCAAAUACCAGUGGAUUAUUCCAGGGUGGUAUGAAAACCUUUGGUGGGAAUCCUGGAUUAAUUCCACACAAUGUCUCAGCAAAAAUCUUCUCACAGCCAUGGAAGGUUAUAUUGGAGUGGAUUUUGAGCCUCUCAGCUCAAAAAGGUUAAAAACCAUAUCAGGAAGGACUCCACAGCAAUAUGAAAAGGAAUAUAAUGCUAAGCGUGGUGAUGGGCAAUCCAGCAAAUUUCAUGGUUAUGCCUAUGACGGAAUAUGGGUGAUUGCCAAGACUCUGCAGCGAGCAAUGAAGUAUCUGAAUGCCACCAACAAGCACCAAAAAAUUGAAGAUUUUAACUAUACAAAUCACAAACUUGGCAAAAUUUUUCUAGAUGCUAUGAAUGAAACCAACUUCUUUGGAGUGACGGGUCAAGUUGUUUUCAGAAAUGGAGAGAGGAUGGGAACCAUCAAAUUUACGCAAUUCCAAGAAAGAAAGGAAGUGAAGGUGGGAGAGUACAAUGCUGUGGCUGACACACUGGAAAUAAUCAACAACAGCAUCAAGUUCCAAGGACUUGAGCCUCCAAAGGACAAAACAAUUAUACAGGAGGAGCUACGCAAGAUCUCCCUGCCUCUCUACAGCAUCCUUUCUGCCCUCACUAUCCUAGGAAUGAUAAUGGCCAGUGCUUUCUUGUUCUUUAACAUCAAAAACAGAAAUCAGAAACUAAUAAAGAUGUCCAGUCCCUACAUGAACAACCUUAUUAUCCUUGGAGGAAUGCUUUCCUAUGCAUCUAUUUUUCUUUUUGGUCUUGAUGGAUCCUUUGUCUCCGAAAAGACAUUUGAGACACUUUGCACAGUGCGAACAUGGAUUCUUACAGUGGGAUACACAACUGCAUUUGGAGCAAUGUUUGCAAAAACGUGGAGAGUUCAUGCAAUUUUCAAAAAUGUAAAAAUGAAGAAAAAGAUCAUUAAAGACCAGAAGCUACUGGUGAUAGUUGGAGGGAUGCUACUGAUUGAUCUUUGCAUCCUGAUUUGCUGGCAGGUUGUGGAUCCUUUGAGAAGGACAGUGGAAAAGUAUAACAUGGAGCCGGAUCCUGCGGGUAGAGAUAUUUCCAUCCGACCAAUCUUGGAGCACUGUGAAAACACUCACAUGACAAUUUGGCUUGGAAUUGUCUACGCUUAUAAAGGGCUGCUGAUGUUAUUCGGGUGUUUCCUAGCCUGGGAGACACGAAAUGUCAGCAUCCCUGCUUUGAAUGAUAGCAAGUACAUCGGAAUGAGUGUAUACAAUGUGGGGAUAAUGUGCAUUAUUGGUGCUGCUGUUUCAUUCCUUACUCGGGACCAACCCAAUGUGCAGUUCUGCAUCGUUGCUUUAGUAAUAAUAUUCUGCAGCACCAUUACUCUCUGCCUUGUGUUUGUACCUAAGCUCAUCACACUGAGGACAAAUCCAGAUGCAGCCACACAGAACAGACGAUUUCAGUUCACUCAAAAUCAAAAGAAAGAAGAUUCAAAAACAUCAACAUCAGUCACCAGCGUUAAUCAGACCAGCACAUCCCGACUAGAAGGACUGCAGUCAGAGAACCACCGCUUGAGAAUGAAAAUUACAGAGCUGGACAAAGACUUGGAAGAGGUCACAAUGCAGCUUCAGGACACUCCUGAGAAAACAACAUACAUUAAGCAGAACCACUAUCAGGAUCUUAAUGACAUUCUUAGUAUACGGAACUUUACAGACACCAAAGAUGGUGAGAAAGCCAUUUUGAAAAAUCAUCUUGAUCAAAAUCCACCAGCGCAAUGGGGCUCAUCAGACCCUUCCAGAACAAACAAAGAUCCUAUAGAAGACAUCAACUCUCCAGAACACAUACAGCGUCGGCUGUCUUUGCAGCUGCCCAUCCUUCACCAUGCCUACUUGCCAUCCAUAGGAGGGGUGGAUGCCAGCUGUGCCAGCCCCUGCGUCAGCCCCAGCGCCAGUCCUCGGCACAGACACGUGCCACCCUCCUUCCGAGUAAUGGUUUCGGGGCUGUAGGAAAGGGAGAUCAGUGCUUCCUGAACUGCUUUUAAGUACUCAAUGACUGGACUAAACAUCUGACCUAGAACUCUGCUACAAACAUCUAACAUUGGCUCUUACCGCAGAGGACUUACCGCUGAGGCCAUCGUCACAGGAGUGCCCAUGUAACUCGUGUGGGAAGGUGAAGGAGAAGGACACAAAGAGUUUGAUCUGUAGCCUUAUUCAUGGAGUUUUUAUUUCUUCACGUAGAAGUCACUGAAAAAAAACGUUUCUUCCCAAAUUUCUACUCGCAACAAAGAGGCUGGGAAAUACGGAUCUUGCAAAAAAGACACUGAGAAAAUAAAACACUCAAAUGUCACUGAGCUUUAUGUGGCUGCUGAGAACAUGCAAUUCUAUACUCUGUCCAUGUAAGGAAAAUACAAUGGUUGAGCUAUACCAUAUUUAUUGAAAUAGAUACACUCAUUUUUACAAGAGUUGUGUUAAAUUGCUGGCAACAUUCUGCACUGGUUAGUCUUGCUUGUUUUCAUUUCAGGGACGAUGUUUGAGAGGAAAGGAGGAUUAUGAGAAA